ACUUGCACCAGGAGCAAAUUACUUAUGUAUUGCCAUGGUCAUGGCAAAAGAAGAUUGUCAAGGACAAGAAAAUUGAAAGGGAAGGAGAUUGCACUAAUAGCCUUAUUAUUCUACAACAUCGAUCUAUUUAUAUAUUGGGUACAAUGAGUACCGAGGAGAACCUCAAGUUUGACUUGAAAAAUGCUCCUCAAGUUUGACUUGAAGAACCUCGAGUUUAAGGUACAAAAACAGAAGCAAAGGAAGGUUCAUAUUUGUAUGUGAAGAAACAAGCAAAAGAAAAAAAUGUUGAGAAGUCCUCAAGUAAACUCCAGUUACAGAAUCGUCUUAGCUUGGAGGCUCUCUUAUCUGCUAAUUUUCUUUUCUUGUGUUCUGAGUGCUCAUGGAUACCCUUCAAGAGCUCAUAUCUUCAUAUAUGCAGUCUGCUCUCAAGAGAAAUACCAACCCAACUCACCCUUUGAAGGCAACCUUAACAGCUUUAUGUCUUCAGUUGUCAGUUCAUCAUCUGAGGUAACAUAUAAUAGCUUUGCUAUUGGAAAUGGAAGCUCAACACCACCAGAGGGAACCAUAUACGGCUUAUACCAGUGCAGAGGUGAUUUGCAUCCAUUUGAUUGCUCAAAGUGUGUAGGAAGAUCUGUUAACCAAAUAGGCUUGGUUUGUCCCAAUGCCCUUGGGGCUUCUUUGCAACUUGAAGGCUGCCUUGUGAGAUAUGAACAUAGUGGUGACUUCCUUGGCAAACUUGACACCAGUCUUAGGUACAAGAAAUGUAGUAAGGCUGUGACUAGCGAUGUUGAAUUCUUCCGGCGAAGGGACGAUGUUCUUGCUGAUUUGCAAACAGCUAAUGGAUUUAGAGUCAGUAGUUCAGGCCUUGUUCAAGGGUUUGCACAAUGCUUGGGGGAUAUAAGUGUAUCAGAUUGCUCCUCUUGUUUAGCAGAUGCAGUUGGAAAGCUGAAAAGCUUAUGUGGUUCAGCAGCAGCAGCUGAUGUGUUCUUGGGUCAAUGUUAUGCUCGGUACUGGGCCUCUGGCUAUUAUGAUGAAUCAGAUUCUUCCAACAAUGACCAAGUGGGGAAAUCGGUUGCCAUUAUUGUGGGAGUGUUUGCAGGUCUUGCCGUUCUAGUUGUACUCCUCUCCAUUUGCAAAAAAGCAGCUGGUUAAGAAGAUAUAGGGGAUAUAUAUGAGGGGGUAAUCAUUACGCUUUGUCCACAAAUGUUUGUUGAAAUUUAUUGAAAACCAUGCUUCCACAUUUUGAUCAAUUUAAUGCAUUAUGUUUUUCUACAAAAGAAAGUGGAUAUUAUCUUUUAGUUUAUAAAGUAGAGCUCUGUUAUCCAUCAACUUAGAAAGGGCUGCUGAUUAUCUUGCCUUGGUGAUGUCCAACAAAACCCAUCAUUCUUUUUCAUAUUUUAAAAACCAUUUGUUCAUCAUUCUCAUGUGCACUUCUUUCUAAAUUACUUUGCCUUUUAUUUUGUUGACUUGUUUCUUAGUGCCCUCUUGGAAGGACAAUUCUAGACUAUUCUAAGAGUUCCAACUUGUACGUACAAGAACUCCUUUGGGAGGUUCCUUUUUUGAAAUGACAAUUUGUGCCAAAUCCCAUUGUCACGAGCAACCAUCACACAAGCUAAAAUUAGU